CGCACCUCCAGACAACAUGGUCUCUGUGCCCAUCGCCUGACGGAGCAUGGACCCGCAUUUCCGGCCGAGAUCCGGUCCCGGGAGGCAUGGAAGCGGCCCCACCUGCCGGCAGUAUGAGGAAUGACGACAUCGACAUCGGGAUCUGCAUCUUAUAAAAUAACAAGAACUGGAAGUUGUCAUAACUGUAGAUGUUCAUCACCGGACCCAACGGUUGCUCACUACCAGAACCCCAGACAACCAUCAAUCGUUCAAUCACCACGUCAAGCCAUGACGGACCGUGUAUUCCAACUCUCUGGUAGCUGCAACGACUACCCCUGGGGGAAGCAGGGGCACCAGUCGCUGGCGGCGCAGCUAUGCAAAAAGACGGUCAAGGACUUCCAGGUCAAGGACCAUGAGUACUAUUCCGAGAUGUGGUUUGGGGACUACCCAGACUACCCCGCCCGCGUCUUGAAAACUGGCGAGCUCCUCAAGGACGUGCUGGACAAGAACGCCGAGAAGCUCUUGGGCAAGAAAGUCAUGAAUCAUCUCGGCGCCCAGCUCCCAUUUCUUCCGAAGAUCCUGUCCAUUGCGAAAGCCCUCCCGCUGCAGAUCCACCCCAACAAGGACCUGGCCGCCAAACUGCAUGCCGAGGACCCGGAGAACUUCACGGACCCCAAUCACAAACCGGAAAUUGCUGUCGCCCUGUCCAAAUUCGAAGUGUUCGCUGGAUUCAAACCUCUUUCCGAAAUCGAGCCCCUCUUCAAGCUCCCGGCCCUCCAACCCUUUGUCCCAGCCAACACAGCCCAGUGGACUGACAAGACCCUCCGCGACGUGACCCGCAACCUCCUCAAAGCCGACGACAACACUGUUAAACAAGUCGAGGAUUCCAUCUCCUCCGCCUCCAAAUCCGAUCUCGGCUCGGCAGCUUACAUUCUAGAUCUCCUCCCGCGCCUACAGAAGCAAUACGGCCCGCAGGACCCCGGCUCGCUCGUCGCCCUGCUCUGCAUGAACUUCAUGAUCCUGCAGCCGGGCGACGCGCUGUAUAUACCCGCCGACGGCAUCCACGCCUACCUGAGCGGCGACAUUGUCGAGUGCAUGGCGCGGAGCAACAACGUGCUGAACGCCGGCUUCUGUCCGCCCACGGACCGCAACAGCAUCGACAUAUUUGCCGACACGUUGACGUUCAAGGCGCAUUCCAAGGCGGAUAUGGUAUUGCCUAGCACCAAGACGGGGAAGAGCAAAACGGGGAGGACGAGAGUGUAUCGUCCGCCCAUGAGCGAGUUUGAUAUGCUCCGUGCAGAGCUGGCGGCCGGCGAGGAGGAUGAGAUUGCAGAGAGUGAUGGGCCGGGGGUGUUGAUUGUUACCAAGGGGAGUGGAACUAUGGAAGCUGACGGGAGUAGCUUUGAGCUGGGCGAAGGCGCGAUUUACUUCGUCGCUCCGGGUGUGAAGUUAAGGUGGAAGACGAUGGAGCGGAUGGAGAUUCACAUGGCUGCGGUGUAGUUAGUAACUCGAGGAUCAAAGUUCCCGUCGAGGCGAUGGUGGAUACAGUGAUGCGUUUAGCAAGCGAUUAAAUAGAG